AUGUCGAUGUCAAGAAGACUCAACUCUCUCAAACAAGGGCAAAUUGAAGUUUUUGAUGCAUUCUUGCCUCUAGAUACGUGGAAAUCGUUAUUUGAAAGAGAGGAGACACCUUUAUUUGCACAAAAUGACUACCGGGAAGAGUCGGAUUCCGACUACAUAGCUCCAAGUGAAAGCGAAGAAGACUGUGAUGUCUCCGGAGAGAGUGAUUUUGAAGAAAGUGAUGAUGAAAGGUUGGAAAAUGAGGAAAGGGAUUGUAAUCUAUUCGCCCGACGCCAUGUAUAUAGUAAGAUGGGGAACUGGGAUGCCUCAUGUGUAGACAAGGAUGAGUUUGCUCUUAAGAUGUGGGAUGAGACGCCCGAAGGAAUGGACAUUGGUGUUUGUUUCAAAUCUCAAUCAGAAGCAAAGCAUGCUGUGAAAUUAUGGAACAUCCAUCAUAAAAGGGAAUAUACGGUCGCCGCGAGUAGUCCAAGGACGUGGGCUGUGUGGUGCAGAACAUUUAAUGUGGAAAGUGAGAAUGGUGAACCACCAUGUGAGUGGAAGAUGCGUGUGUCAUUGAAAGCUCACGGCCUUCAUGAAAUUGUGAGAUGGCAUGAUGCACAUAAUUGCAUGACUCCAGUGAAUGAUAAUGACAAUCGGUGUGUGGACGCGUCUUUGAUUGCUAGACUCAUCAGGAGAAAAGUUGAGGACAACGUAGAUUCUACGGUAGCCUCGGCACAGAAAGAUGUGAAGACCUUAUUGAAAGUAGAUGUCCCAUACAAAAGGGCGUGGCACGGGAGGAGGAAAGCCAUAGAAGCGGUCUAUGGUGAUUGGACCUCCAAUUUUGAAGAACUUCCACGGUAA